AUGGCCGCGCGGGUGAGGCAGGGAGGGCAGGCGGGCAUAGAGGGCGGGGGCGGCUGGCUGGGUGCUGGCUGGCAGGGCGGCCUUCAGGACGGCGCCGCCGGCCUCGAGGCCCCGCUGCAGCUGGGAGCGGACGGGGCGGCGGCGGCGGCUGUCGCGGCCCCCGGCGGCAACGGCGGCGGCGCCCCGCUGGACGCCUUUGGGCGCGCGGUGGUGGCCUGCCUGGCGCAGCUGGCGGUGGCGGCUGGCAGCGAUGCGAUGUGGAAGCAGCUGAACCACCAGGUACUGAUGAUGACUCGCUCCCUGGAGCCCCGCACCCGCCUGCUGGCGCUGGAGACAGUGGGGCAGCUGGUGGCGCGCCUGUCGGAGGAGUACCUGGCGCUGCUGCCCGAGACGCUGCCCUUCCUGGCGGAGCUGCUGGAGGAUGCUGAGCUGGUGGUGGAGGGAGCGGCGGCGGCGCUGGUGCGCCGCCUGGAGGCGCUCAGCGGCGAGCCGCUGGAUCAGUACCUGCGCUGA